AUGGCUGUAGUCAGCAAGAGCAUAAACUUUCUGGCGUACCCGCCCCGCAAAGCUGAAAAGCGUGUGCGACCCGCGCGCUCCAGAACUGACCUAUGCAAACUGCAGAGCGAUGGCGCUAACAUAGAAGAUAUUUCUGGCCAGAACCCAAAACCCUGGAGGGACACAGAGGUUGUCCCAGCCCCCGAGCAGACAAGGUCUGUCACAGAAAGUUUUGCCACCAUGAUUCAUGGCUUGAAAGUGGACCACCUAACAGAUCACGUCCUUCAGAGGAGCAAGAGGAUGAUUCUGGAUGCUUUGGGUGUUGGUUUUCUGGGAACCAGCACAGAAGUGUUUCACAAAGUCAGCCAAUAUAGUAAAAUCUACAGCUCCAAUACCUCCAGCACUGUUUGGGGUCGACCAGACUUCAGGCUCCCGCCCACAUAUGCUGCUUUUGUCAACGGUGUGGCUAUUCACUCAAUGGAUUUUGAUGACACGUGGCACCCUGCCACCCACCCUUCUGGGGCUGUCUUGCCUGUCCUCACAGCUUUAUCAGAAGCCUUGCCUCAGACUCCAAAGUUUUCUGGCCUUGACCUGCUGUUGGCAUUCAACGUUGGGAUUGAAGUACAAGGACGAUUAAUGCAUUUCUCCAGGGAAGCCAUGGACAUACCAAAGAGAUUCCAUCCUCCCUCCGUGGUGGGAACUUUGGGCAGUGCUGCAGCUGCAUCCAAGUUUUUAGGGCUCAGCUUGACAAAGUGCCAACAGGCCUUGGCUAUUGCUGUUUCUCAUGCCGGAGCACCCAUAGCAAAUGCUGCCACUCAGACCAAGCCCCUUCACAUUGGUAAUGCUGCCAAGCAUGGGAUGGAAGCCACAUUUCUGGCAAUGCUGGGUCUCCAAGGAAGCAAGCAGAUCUUGGACCUGGGGUCAGGGUUUGGGGCCUUCUAUGCCAAUUAUUCCCCUAAAGUCCUUCCAAACCUGGAUUCUCACAUUUGGCUACUAGACCAGCAAGAUGUAGCAUUCAAGAGCUUCCCAGCACAUCUGGCUACCCACUGGGUGGCAGAUGCAGCCGCAGCUGUGAGAAAGCACCUUGUGCCUUCAGAUGGAACUCUGUUUCCAUCUGACCAUGUCGAGAGAAUUCUGCUCAGGAUCCCAGAUGUCCAGUAUGUAAACAGGCCCUUCCCAGAUUCAGAGCAUGAAGCCCGUCAUUCCUUCCAGUAUGUCGCCUGUGCAAUGCUGCUGGAUGGCAGCAUCACUGUCCCAUCCUUCCACAGCCACCAGAUUGAGAGGCCACAGGUGAGAGAGCUGCUCAAGAAGGUGGAGCUGGAGCACCCUCCUGACAACCUGCCAAGCUUCAACACACUCUACUGUGAGAUCAGCAUCACCCUCAAGGAUGGAACCACCUUCACCGAGCGCUCCAAUACCUUCUAUGGUCACUGGAGGAAACCACUGAGCCAAGAGGACCUCCAGAAAAAGUUCAGAGCCAAUACCUCCACAACGCUGUCCAGUGACACAGCGGAAAGCCUCAUAAAGAUAAUAGAAAACCUGGAAGACCUAGAAGAUUGUUCUGUGCUAACCACACUUCUGAAAGUCCCCUCUCCUCCAGUGGAGGCUUCAAAACGAUCCAGCAUGUUAUCAUUCCAUCACACAACCUCUCCUGGGCUUACCAACAUCUAAACAGCUUUGCACUAGGGGAGACUCAAUGAUAUAUUCCACAAAACAAGGGUCUGUUGUUCUGUCU